AUGGCUGCCCCGGCUACACAAACCAACGGCGGAUCGCCAGGUCGGCCGAACCCGCAGAUACAGCCGUGUCGCUAUAAGGUUGGAAAGACGCUGGGUGCUGGCUCGUACUCGGUGGUGAAAGAAUGCGUUCACAUUGAUACCGGCAGAUACUAUGCUGCCAAGGUCAUCAACAAGAGGCUCAUGGCUGGAAGAGAGCACAUGGUCCGAAAUGAAAUCGCAGUGCUUAAGAAAGUAUCGAUGGGCCACCAAAAUAUCCUGACGCUGGUUGACUACUUCGAGACGAUGAACAACCUGUACUUGGUAACAGACUUGGCCCUCGGCGGUGAGCUGUUCGAUCGCAUCUGCAGAAAGGGGUCCUACUACGAGUCGGAUGCGGCAGACCUGAUCCGCUCAACACUAUCGGCUGUCGCCUAUCUGCACGAUCACGGCAUUGUACAUCGCGACCUGAAGCCCGAGAACCUCCUUUUUCGCACACCCGAGGAUAAUGCCGACCUGUUGAUUGCCGAUUUUGGCUUGAGUCGCAUUAUGGACGAGGAGCAAUUCCACGUCCUGACAACCACCUGCGGAACCCCUGGCUACAUGGCUCCGGAGAUCUUCAAGAAGUCGGGACACGGCAAGCCCGUCGACAUCUGGGCCAUGGGUGUCAUUACCUAUUUCCUGCUUUGCGGUUACACGCCAUUCGACCGCGACUCGGAUUUCGAAGAGAUGCAGGCCAUUCUCAAUGCAGACUACAGCUUCCAGCCUGCAGACUACUGGCGCGGUGUCUCAGAAGCUGCCAAGGACUUUAUUCGCCGUUGUCUGACCAUCGACCCUAACAAGCGUAUGACAGCCCACGAAGCGCUGAGCCACACCUUUGUGGCAGGGUACAGCACGACUACGGAUGGUGACAAGGGCCAGAACCUGCUGCCGACAGUCAAGAAGAACUUCAAUGCCCGUCGCACACUGCAUGCUGCCAUUGACACUGUGAGGGCAAUCAACAAGCUCCGAGAAGGGCAGUUGGCAGCAGCCAUGAUGGAUGGUGCCAAGAGCAAGGAACCGACUCCUGGCGCACCCGCGCUCGCCAGCCAACAAACCAAGACCGACUCGGGCAUCAGCAUGACGGAGAACCGUGGCGGCCAGGAUUCCGGCUACGGCGGCAGCAGUAAUAAGGCUGACAGCGAUGGAGAUGUCGCCAUGAGCGGCGUAACCUCUGUUCCAGCCAGUUUGAGACCGGGGCAGGUCGUCAACAAGGUUGUGGAAACAUCGAAAGGACUAUGGCAAGCAGGCACAACCGCAAAGCGUUAG